UUCGUGCGUUACAUUCGUUCUUCUCAUCCUUCCGCUACUGUCUUGAUCUGCUCUAGUAACUUUUAUACACUUAAAGUGUACAGUAUCCCUACUAUACAGUAAGGAACGGAUGUGCUAAUCUCUGGAUCUUUAGACAGUAACUGAGACACCCUGCUCUCCACACUGUCCCUUCUGUCACGCUGUCUGCUCUCAGCCCCGGAGAUUCUGAGGAAAGAUGACUUUCUACGAUGGCAUUUACCCAUUCUACCCCCUACAAAGAACCUCCUUUAUCUUUAGCACCCACCUCCUCACCAUUAUCCUGGUCUUCCUGGUCCUCACGGUCAGCUUCCUUCUUAUUCUGCCAGGUAUCAGAGGCAAGUCGAGACUACUCUGGAUGUUCAGAAUCAUCAUCAGUUUAUUAAUAGGCAUUGUGAUAGUGGCACUGAAUUUCACCAGCGACUGGGCUGAGGCCCGAGCCACCACCAACACCACCUACAAGUCCUUCAGCAGUGAGGAGGUGAACGCUGAAGUGGGACUGCACAUAGGACUGUAUGGUAUUAACAUUACUUUAAAAGGGAAUCCUGUGAAUCAACUCAACGAGACCAUCAACUACAACGAGAUGUUUGCGUGGAAAGACACCAUCGAUGAGGAGUACGGGAACGCCUUAGAGAGAGGUCUACCUAACCCCAUCCUCUAUAUCGCUGAGAAGUUUACCCUCAACAACCCCUGUGGCCUCAUCUACCAGUAUAGAUACUCUGGGCGCUAUGCCUCGGCCACCCUCUGGACAGCGUUCUGCUGCUGGCUGGUAGCCAACGUGCUGUUCUCCAUGCCUGUCAUCCUGUACGCCGGCUACAUGAUGGUGGCCACCGCCGCUUUCAUCUUCUUCUCCGUGGCCUCCUUCUCCACCAUCAUGAACCUGCCUACCUGUCUGUUCACCAUAGGCACCUCUGGAGCCUUCCAGACAGAGUACAGCGGUUCUUUCUGGCUGGCACUGGCCACAGGUGUGCUGUGUUUAAUCAUUGGAGUCCUGGUGGUUCUGCUGGACUGUCUGAUCCCUGGGAAGAUACGAGAUGCCUUCAGUGUCGGGGUGGACAACGACGAAGAUGAGGAUGUUUAUUUUGGAGAGGGAUACCUGAACUCCAACUUCCUGGCAGGAGUAACCACCACACCUUUGACAACCUUAGUGCUUCCUACAGAUGAAAUUCGGAAAGUCAGCCGCCAACCAUCACUCCAGGAGCUGUCAGUCAGACUCUAACAGAGUCGGAUUUAUAACCUCCUAUCCCCUGCUUGAAAUGUCUCCACCCGCGCUAUCGAAUCGCUAGCUUUUUGGCAGCGUAGUUGGCUAAGACGUUGUCAAGGAGGGGGGGUCAAGUGUGUUUGCGGGGUAGAGGUCCCAGGUUGUAGGCGUGAGCUGGAUGGGGAGGAAGUGGUAUGGCUAAGCUAACACGGUGUUGGAGGAAGUGGUAUGGCUACGCUAGCAUGGUGUUGGAGGAAGUGGUAUGGCUACGCUAGCAUGGUGUUGGAGGAAGUGGUAUGGCUACGCUAGCAUGGUGAGGAAGUGGUAUGGCUAAGCUAGCACAGUGGGGAAGUGGUAUGGCUAAGCUAGCACGGUGAGCUAGGAAGUGGUAUGGCUAAGCUAGCACGGUGAGGAAGUGGCAUGGCUAAGAUAGCACGGUGAGCUAGGAAGUGGUAUGGCUAAGCUAGCACAGUGAGGAAGUGGUAUGGCUAAGCUAGCACGGUGAGGAAGUGGUAUGGCUAAGCUGGCACAGUGAGGAAGUGGUAUGGCUAAGCUGGCACGGUGAGGGAGGAAGUGGUAUGGCUAAGCUAGCACAGUGAGGAAGUGGUAUGGCUAAGCUAGCACAGUGAGGAAGUGGUAUGGCUAAGCUGGCACGGUGAGGGAGGAAGUGGUAUGGCUAAGCUAGCACGGUGAGGAAGUGGUAUGGCUAAGCUAGCACAGUGAGGAAGUGGUAUGGCUAAGCUGGCACGGUGAGGAAGUGGUAUGGCUAAGCUAGCACGGUGAGGAAGUGGUAUGGCUAAGCUAGCACGGUGAGGGAGGAAGUGGUAUGGCUAAGCUAGCACAGUGAGGAAGUGGUAUGACUAAGCUAGCACAGUGAGGAAGUGGUAUGGCUAAGCUGGCACGUUGAGGGAGGAAGUGGUAUGGCUAAGCUAGCACAGUGAGGAAGUGGUAUGGCUAAGCUGGCACGGUGAGGGAGGAAGUGGUAUGGCUAAGCUAGCACGGUGAGGGAGGAAGUGGUAUGGCUAAGCUAGCACGGUGAGGGAGGAAGUGGUAUGGCUAAGCUGGCACGGUGAGGGAGGAAGUGGUAUGGCUAAGCUGGCACGGUGAGGGAGGAAGUGGUAUGGCUAAGCUAGCACGUGAGGGAGGAAGUGGUAUGGCUACGCUAGCACAGUGAGGAAGUGGUAUGGCUAAGCUAGCACAGUGAGGAAGUGGUAUGGCUAAGCUAGCACUAUCACAAGCACAGUGACAUCUGUGUCGGUCACGCCAAACAAUAUUCUCUCAACUUGAAAAUCAAUUAUCAUUGCAGUUACCAAGAAAAAUGUGUUUAACUUUGUGAAUUAGUUGUGAAUAUCUCUGGGAGCCCUUUAAACCUACUGUACAAUAUAUUUAGUUAUGUAAAUCAUGUAUAUACGUAUAACGUGUUCUACGGUGUCAAUGCCAUAAUAUGUACUGUAUAUGUGUUGUAUCUGUGCCAUUUUCCAUGUUCCAAUAGCGUAACAAAAAUUAAACAAACGUGUGUGAGAUUCACAUACUUUUAAUGGACAUCGUUGAGUCAGGUAUUCAAGUCAUUGAUGAUCUGCUUCUUGUGUAAUGAACAUAACAUUGUGUAGUGAACGAACAAGUCCCAAAUGGCACCCUAUUCCCUAUAUAGUGCACUACUUUAGACCAGAGCCCUAUUCCCUAUAUAGGGCACUACU